AAAAUCCCUGGACAACAACAAAAAUCAGACGAAAAAAAACAACUCCUCGUUGUCCUCGGGCGCCAAGUACCUGUGGCUGCGUCUGGCUAUUUUCGAGAAGAAAUUGGCCAAAAUUUUGGACUAUCUCGUUCAAAACAGCAGCAAGUACUACGAGCAGGAAGCACUGAUCUCUGACCCCGUGGAUGGGCCAAUAUUUGCAUCUCUGCUGGUCGGCCCUUGUGCAUUGGACUACACCAAGAUGAAGACAACGGAUCACUUCUGGACCGAUCCACCUGCGGAUGAGUUGGUCCAACGGCACCGGAUACACUCGGGAGGAUUCACCUCCCCUGGCUCGCCCAAACGUCAAGGGUUGCAGAUCCGGCGAGAUGCCAGUAACGCCACGGAGGACGCCCGUGACCCAAAGACGUUCCACCUGUCGGCGCGAGAGUACGUGGAGUCGCUGCACCAGAACUCCAAGCUCACGCUGCUCUACGGGAAAAACAACGUCCUCGUGCAACCCGAAGACAAAGAGGCCCUGGCAGGCUACCUGUCGCUCCACCAGAGCUCUGAGGGACUCAUCAUCAUGUGGACUCCCAACCAGCUGAUGAACGGCUGCUGUGAGGAAGCCACGGACGAGACUGACAGAAGCCACUUCUGGGAGUUCGCCAUGACCAUCUAUGUGGAUGAAAUUGUCUACAUACAUUGCCACCAACAGCCGGACUGCCGUGGGACUGUGGUGCUGGUCGGGCAAGACGGCGUGCAGCGACCCCCAAUCCACUUCCCCAAGGGAGGCCACCUCUUGUCCUUCCUCUCCUGCCUGGAGAACGGCCUGCAGCCCUCGGGCCAGCUCGACCCGCCGCUGUGGUCUCAGAAAGGCAAAGCCCUGGAGAUGCUGGACCCGAAAGCGGCGCGCACUCCCCGGUCGCCCGUGUCGCCAGAGAAGUCACCGUGGCCCGUGAGACGACAGCUGCCCCCCAGCCCACUGGUCCGCUCCUCGGUGCAGACGUACGCACGCACGCAGGAGGAGCAGAACAACACCUGCCUGUCACAAGCUUCCAACGGGGUCACCCAUAGGUACUUUGACUACGUGAGUCACAUCAAGCAGCUGUGUGACACUAUGACCAAACAAAUCAUCUCCAGAGCUUUCUACGGAUGGCUGGCUCACUGCCGACAUCUGAAGACCGUGAGGACCCACCUGUCUGGUCUGGUCUACCACGCUAUUGUCUCCGAGAACAACCCUGUGGACGCGGCCAAUGGGCUCACUCCCGAGAUGUGGAAUCAGCUCUGUGUUAACGGGAAGGUGACCAACUCGGCUGAGGUGUACCGACUGGUGUACUACGGAGGAGUCUCUCAUGAACUCAGGAGGGAGGUGUGGCCGUACCUGCUGAGCCACUACAAGUUUGGCAGCACACCCGAGGAACGCGUGGGUCUGGAGCAGGCGGUCAGGACGGAGUACGAGAAGGUCAUGUCUGAGUGGCUGGCCGUGGAGGCCAUCAUACGCCAGAGAGACAAGGAGACCAUCGCGGCCAACCUGGCAAAGCUGUCGCAGGAGAGCACCGACGGACACAUCCCUCUUGUGCGCAAGGACUCCAGUCUCAGUAAUGAGGUUUUCGUAUCUUUCGAAUCCGAAGAGCUCUCUCGCCCUGAGACUGUGGUAGAGGAGAGCUCGACAGCCCGCACGACUCCUUCCUCCGACCGCAAGACCAGCAUGGAGCUGUCCAUCACUUCCUCUACCGUCGAGCGGGGCGUUGGCACAGAGACCCCACCCAUGGUCGUCAAGAAAGAUAACUCUCUUCAGGAAAGUCCGGACGACGGUAUGGGAGACUCGAUUGCCAGGGGUGGUUCCACCACGACAGAGACCGACAGGGACUCAGUGGGCGACUCCGGCGUCCUGACCCCACUGACCCCGCGCUCCCUGCCCACCGACGUCGCUGACCGCAUCGUCAUGACGACCAAACUGUCGGUGGACAGCGCCGUGGUGGACGAGGACUCAGCCUCUGCCUCGGGGCCGGAGAACAAGUCGCGGACGGGAUCGGCCACCGACGACGCGAUGGAGAGCUCAGGGAAAGGGGAGGGAAUGCUGGGCAAGUCCAGCCUGGAACCGAAAGCAGGACUGGAUUAUGAUCCUGGCUUAGAGGUGAGCCGACACCUGUCUGCCAGCAGAGAAAGUCUCCUGUCCCCCGCCUCUCCUGCUUCCAACGGAGGAAUUUACUCUGCGGAGCUGCUAGACAGUGUGGCCCUCAACCUUCACCGCAUCGACAAAGACGUCCAGCGAUGUGACCGCAACUACCACUACUUCACGCCCGAGAACCUGGAGAAACUACGCAAUAUUAUGUGCACGUAUGUGUGGCAGCAUUUAGACAUCGGAUAUGUUCAGGGAAUGUGCGAUCUGGUGGCUCCUCUUCUCGUCAUAUUUGAUGACGAGUCGCUGGCCUACAGCUGUUUCUGCCAGCUCAUGAAGAGAAUGUCGUGUAACUUCCCCCACGGCGGGGCAAUGGACACUCACUUUGCAAACAUGAGGUCGCUCAUUCAGAUCCUGGACUGCGAGCUGUUUGAGCACAUGCACCAGCACGGCGACUACACACACUUCUACUUCUGCUACCGAUGGUUCUUGCUCGACUUCAAAAGAGAGCUGGUUUACGAUGAUGUGUUCUCUGUGUGGGAGACCAUCUGGGCGGCGCGUCACAUGACCUCCAGUCACUUCGUGCUGUUCAUCGCCCUGGCCCUGGUGCAAGUGUACCGAGACAUCAUCCUGGACAACAACAUGGACUUCACCGACAUCAUCAAGUUCUUCAAUGAAAUGGCGGAACACCACAAUGCAAAGCAAGUGUUGAAGAUCUCGAGGGAGCUGGUCCUGAGACUGCAGACGUUGAUCGACAACAAGUAGCUCGGGGCGGGGAGAGAGAGGGAGGGAGGGAGAGAGAGGGAGAAAGAGGGAGGGAGGCGCAGGUCGCGAUGUGUGUGUCUGCUGGUCGCUGGAAGAGAGAGGAGGUGUCACUCACUCACUCCAGGGCUGGUGGAGAGAGAGAAAUGAGAAAUGGGGAGGGGGCGGGGGGGAGGGGGAUUUAACGGGCUGCUAUUGUGAAGAAAACCUCAGUGGACUGGGGGAGAGAGAGAAGGAGUGUAACGGGCAACUAUAGCCACGAAAACCUUAGUGCACUGGGGGAGAGAGAGAAGGAGUGUAACGGGCAACUAUAGUCACGAAAACCUCAGUGGAUACUCAAGGUUCGAAAUACAAGGAUGUUCAAAGAUCACGACAGAGAUCACAUGAUUGUCACUCCCUUCGGAUGACGAGAUUUGACUGUCACGGAGUACGCUCUUGUGAAAUUAUUUAUUGGAACUUUGUGCUUUCUGUCUUUUCGUUGAUUUAUUUCUUGACGGUAAAACUGUAAUUCCACUUCGGUUUUGGUAAAGCAGAGGAUGCUGAAGGUCAGUGAUUUCAUUUGUGGCUUGUUAUUUGGUUUAACAAAAACUGAAAAAGAUCAAACCUUGUCUUCACCAGGGUGCUAAUUACCAUGCGAUCGUCAUGAAUCUCUUUCACAAACUUUUUGUUUUUAAACAUGGCAAUUCUGACAUUUAUUUUAUUUUUACAUGUUAUGUCAGGUUUUUUCCUGUAGAUCAUGUAGUGUCAUUAGAUCUGUCUUGUAGAAGCUAUCCCAGUUUUGUUGAAUGACAAAGUUCUUGUAGUUUCUUCCUUCCUAUCAAAUAAGAUGCAAGUCCAGUGUUCAUGGUUGUCUUUGGUCAUGAGAUUCCCCUCUCAACGUCAACCUCUGUGGACAGCUAGAAUGAUGUUUUUACACAGACUCUUUCCUUCUUUUCAACCUUGGGUUUAUGAAUCUCAGCUUUUUUAUAAUAUAAAAUGUGAAGCAUGCUGACAAAAAGAGUUACUUUUUGGAUUCAGGCCCUAUGGAAAUAGAUAUAUCAUGCUUAUAAGGGAACAUUUUACAAUUUAAAAGUAUCAAAUGAUUAAAGGCAUGUUACGCUUUAAGAAUAUGGCAUCUAUAGAAAAUCUACAAAUUGGACCUUAAUGUCUAUUUUUGGCCAAUAUCUCCAUUUGUGGAUUGCGAGAAGUAACUCAUUUUGUCAGCACACCUCACAUAUAUAUAUAUAUAUAUAUACCCUGUGGCAAAGACACGAUGUAGAAACUGUAGAGAAAUGAGAUGUACGGUGUCACAGAAAGUUAGACUGAACUAUCCACAUGUGGGGAAGGGAACUUUUGAGUUGAUACAGUUGACACGAGGGUCCACCUACAGCCAUGAACUCUGUAAACGUUAAUGAGCAAACACCCUGUGGGCCAGGUUUUGGGUUUUCAACCCGACUCUUGACAUGUAAAGUUACCUGGCGGUCCCAUGAGUCGGGUCUGUCAGGGGGCCCCCCGUCCAAGAUAGGUGUUGCCUCGUCGUGGUCCUCAGUCCGACUGAAUACCUCAGUGAGUCUCUCAGACGAUCUCCGCCUAUUUCCUGCGGAACCCUUGGUGUCAUCCAAGGGCGUGCCACUCCCUUAAUUAUCCUGUCCCCACAGUAAAGAUAAGAGUCAUGUCCCUUGACAUCACAUUAACAGUUAUUAAGCACAGCGUGUAUCUGCACAGAUGGUAAACACGUGGGAGGAGGUAGCUGUAGAAAGAAAGGAAGGACAGAGAAGAAUCCCGUGGAGAAUGAGACGUAAUCAUUUAUUUUCAUUUGUGAGUGAACUUUUAUCGGCAGCAUGGAUCAGACGGUCACUUUUUAAAACGAGACAUCCAUUUUGUUUUUCUGGAACAGCUACAGUUCCCUGGCUGGUUCUGCGUGUUUUGUAACCUGUUGAUGUAUUUGUUGAUGUAUUUGUUGAUGUAUUUGUUGAUGUAUUUGUUGAUGUAUUGGAGCAGAGAUGUCGCGGCAGAAAUGCCCAUAAUGUAGGAGACAGUGUGUGCUUUGAAAUGGAGAUAUUGUCUGCCUCAGGGAACUUACAACCUGGCUUGUAGCAUGUAUCAAUGUUCAGAAAAUUCAAUGAAGAAAAGGUACUGAGACAAAAACAUGUGGUAAAAGACUAAGGAGAUAGUACGCUUAAUAUGACUAUAAAUGUGUGAGUUCAUUGUAAAGAUGGUCAACGACAUAUGCCACUCACUUAUGGGCACAGCCGUCGGGGAAAUGUGAUUUGCUUUUUUUUUUCAAAAUGUUCCACGGUCAUAUUUCGCAGGGUGUGAAAGUUUUUGUAAAGAGUAGUCGUAGUUCUCAAUCUGAAAAGGGAAAGAUGGAGUCUUUUGUUCAGAUUGAAUUGUGAGUGAAAAGAUGGUCCUUGUAGAAACCAUGUCUCUAAACUGGCAUCUGUGGUGUAGAUUGAGUUCGGUUCUCACGUACGGAAGAUGUUUGAUGGAGUAUCAUCGUCUGUUUUUCUGAAAUGUAUCAUCCCAUACAACCUGGGUCGACUCUGAUGGGCAGGUUAGGACAGCCAGCCUCCUGAAUCAUCUGAAUCAUUUCAGUGGGUAUGUUGAAGACAUGUCCAGUCGUUACAGAUCGCAGUGUGUCUAAGCCAACAGCUGGCUCUGAUGUGUCCCGGGCAUGUCGUCACUGUCAUCUCUGUCACUGUGACCUAUUUUUUUGUGCAGUCGUUUUGUUUUGAUAAAUAUUCAAGUCUGUUUCAAUCUUGUCGUAGUGUAAUGAACUGUAACUUGAGCAAACCGUUGCCAGUUGUUUUUAGUAUUGUUGAAGUUUUUGAUAAACAUCUUUAAUGUAACUUGUGUGAAGUGACCCAGUAUGCAGACCACCCCCACCCCCUCCCACUCCCAACCCCCCACCCCCUCCUUUCUGGUAAUGUUACUAUGUUGUCUGUAUAGAAGGGCAGACUUGAAUACACACAGUCAAAGAUCUGAACAAUACCAGCUGAUCAUAGAGCUAUGUUUUUGCUGUACCAUCUUGGAGAAAGCUUUGUCUCCUUUGCUGUCUUGUUGAUUUGAGAUAUUUAGAUAUUUAGAUACACAUAUAUAUAUAUAUGUUGCUGGCUUUGUCUUAUUUGCCAACACACAGGCAUUGAGCAAGUUGAAUGGAUGCACAAUAUUUAUACCUCUCCCACGUACUCUGUAACUAUACAUCAGCAUUCUACAUCUCUCCCUGGUGUGCAUAUGAAGCCAUGAGCAUGACUUUGUCCAACACUAAACUGCAAAGUUUUAGGUGGCAAUCAGAACAGAACUGUCUGUGAUUUCUUUUACAUUAUGGUAAAGGAUGGAACAACAUUAAGAGGCUAGCCCAGGUUCGAGACAGGUGGAAAGUGUUUGUCCAUGGCCUAUACCCUGAUGCAGGGUGAGAAAGGCAGUGAUGAAAGGAUGCACAUGAAAUCUUCACAACUUUUGAUUUAUAGAGAAAGAAAAUCAAAAUACAGACACAGCCGAAGUGGAGUGUUAGUGUGUAGUGCUGAAGGACAAUGUGGCAUUGUGGGAGAGAAAAAGAAUCCAGUCAGAUAAGUUGGGAAGUAGAUCAGGCUUUUAUCACAGCCUUCCAGUGGAUGGUGAACGAACGAGGUCAUUUGGAUCUUCCUCAACAGUGCAGCAGCCGUAGACCUUGUUCUGACCGUUCCGGAUGACCUUGACACUGGAAAAGUGAAGUCAUUGCGCUGUGAUGCUACUCAUCUUUUCUAACGCCUGUCCUUGUUUGGGGCAGAGUCCUGUUUUGAGAAGGUGUUUGUUAUUUAAGUACAUAAGCAAUUUCUGGUUUGAGUUCCCGACGUGUAACGGUGAUUUUGAAGGCAGAUCUAAGGGCGUAAAGGUAGAUGCUGAGUGCGGA